AGGUCCUGGACAAGACUGGGAAGCAAGGAGCAGAAAGAGUGAGGCAAGGAGGGGAAGGGGUUGUUCCUUGUGCAGUCCUUGUGUACAAAGCAUGUUUCUUGCCCUUGAAUGCUACAUAAGUCAGGGCAGAAGGGAAGCAAUAUGGUGUAGCAAAAAGUGUACUCAGCUGGGAUCUAGGAGUUCUGGGCCUUCAUCUUGGCUCUGCCGCUAAUUAGCUGUGUCCUUAGUGAAUGUCCUGGGAGGAGCCCCAAGACACAACCCGGACGGCAGGGUGAAGAUGGUAUCUAUACACAGCCUCUCAGAGUUAGAGCGUCUGAAGCUACAAGAGAUUGCUUACCAUGAACUCGUGGCAAGACAUUUCCUCUCCGAAUUCAAACCUGACAGAGCUCUACGAAAUGACCGUCCAAACACUCUGGAGAAGUGGUUCCUGAUUCUGAGAGGGCAACAGAGAGUUGCAUCACUCAAGACAUUUGGCAUUCGCCUGGAAGAGGUGCUUGCGAAUGAGUUUACCCGCCGUAAGCAUCUUGAACUGACAGCGGCGAUGCAGAUUGAAGAAGCCACUGGUCCGGCUUCUGGUCGUCGUCGUCGGGGAAACGUGGUGCAGAGGAUGUUUGGCCGCAUCCGGCGCUUUUUCAGUCGCAGACGGGAAGAGCCCACCUUGCCCCGGGAGUUCACUCGCCGUGGUCGUCGGGGUGCUAUAUCAGUGGAUUCCCUGGCUGAACUGGAAGACGGGGCACUGCUGCUGCAGACUCUGCAACUUUCAAAAGUUUCCUUCCGGAUGGGCAGGAGGCUUCUGGGAUCUAAAAGGAAGAUGAGUCUCAAUCCGGUUGCUAAACAGAUCCCACAGGUUGUUGAGGCUUGCUGCAAUUUCAUUGAGGAGCAUGGCUUACACACAGUGGGGAUUUUCACUCUUGAAUACUCUGUGCAGAGAGUGCGUAAGCUCCGUGAAGAAUUUGAUAAAGGUGUGGAUGUAGUGCUGGAUGACAAUCAGAAUGUGCACGAUGUGGCUGCACUCCUCAAGGAAUUCUUCUGUGACAUGAAGGACUCUGUGCUGCCAGAUGAUCUGUACAUGUCCUUCCUCCUGACAGCAAGUCUGAAGCCUCAGGAUCAGCUUUCUGCCCUGCAGUUGCUGGUCUACAUGCUACCAUCCUGCCACAGUGACACCCUGGAGCGUCUGCUGAGGGCCCUGCAUAAAAUCACUGAACACUGCGAGGACUCCAUUGGCAUUGAUGGACAGUUGGUUCCAGGCAACCGUAUGACUUCCACCAAUUUGGCCUUGAUAUUUGGAUCUGCUCUUCUGAAGAGGGGACAGUUUGGCCACAGGGAGACCAGGAAAACAAGCAUGGGGAUCGACCACUAUGUUGCUUCUGUCAAUGUGGUCCGUGCAAUGAUUGAUAACUGGGAUGUCCUCUUUCAGGUGCCUCCCCAUAUUCAGAAGCAGGUUGCUAAGCAUAUAUGGACAUCCAGCCCGGAAGCCCUUGAUUUUAUCAGACGCAGGAACCUGAGAAAGAUCCAGAGUGCAUGCGUAAAGAUGGAAGAGGAUUCUUUACUUUCUGAUCCUGUGGAAACUUCUGCUGAAGUCCAGGCUGCUGUCCUUGCUCAAAGCAAGUCCUUCGAUGAAGGUUCCUCUGAGGAGGAAGUUGUGCCUCCAGGCACUGCCUGUUCCCAUGACGAUGAGGAAGGAGCGGGUAAACUCCCCAUUCCGGAGCAAGACCGCCCAUUGCUCCAUUUCCCCCGGGAGAAGGAGGCCAAAACUGGCAUCAGCUACUUCUUUCAUUAGAUGUUUCUCCUUCUAUACAGUGCCGGACAGGGGGAAAGGGUGGGGGUAGACCUGGAAUGUCACAGGAAACAUUAAGGAGAGUCUCGAAGGUAAAGAUCUGAGGGUGAGGAGUUCCACCUGAUGCCCGGGUCAGGAGGGGAAUUCCAAACACACUGCCAGCCCCUUCACUGGGUAUGCUUGGUCCUUCAGCUAGUAAAAGCAGAGAUGUUUCCGUGUCGUGCCCAGGCUCCCUGGUGCUACCUUGGCUUUCUCUUUUACCCCUGAAGGAUCAGGCUUUCUCUCAUUACAGCCCUUCCUUUAAUUGAUGUGACAUUUGUGGUAAACACCUGUCCCAGAGAAGCUCACAAAUCUCGAGGUGCUUUCCCUCCCCCAAAGGGAAUUGCAUGUUUUUCCUGACUUUCCUACCCUCCUCUCAAGAGCUCAAUUGGAAAGGCCCUCAAGAGGCAUGCUAGAACGUUAGGUCAGCCUACUGACAGCUGACAAACAAUUAAUACUAAACCAUGUCACAUCAACUCAUAGCCAUGUCCCCUGCAGCAACUCCACCACCUCAGGAUUUUUUCCCCAAAUUAUUUAGACCAAUGGCUCGUCAAACAGCCACUCCCAAAAUUCUGUGCAGUUUUGCUCAGGUCGUGCCAACAGGGAAACCUCAAGUAUAAGUUUAAUUAGCUUUUCUGGGGUCAAAAGUUAGAGGAAAAAUUAGAUUUUAAUACCUGGAUUUGUUUUAAAGACAGCUGGUGUUCACACCCUGUUGCCAGCAAAACAGCUAGUUAGGUAAGGACACAUAGUUCCAAGUAGUUAAAGUCACCUGAUUACAAAUGUUCUUCUCUAUUGUCUCUGUAGUUCCCCUAUGCAGGGUGGUACAAAUUUGCAGGACAUGCUCUGGUAACACAGAUAUGGGUUAUGUGUGACAUCCAAAAUUAUAGCUGAUAUUGAUGGGUAACAACUGCUAAGGUCCAUAGAAUGAAGUAUAUAUUGUAUUGAGGGUUAGAAAUUGAUCAUACAAUGGGUAACAACCGCAGAGCUCGAAGAUUUGUGAUUGUUAAAACUUCUCUGGCAUUUAGUCAUUAAUAAACAUUUGUAUUGUGACAGCAGCAUA